AUGGCAACACAAGAAGAGAGCCAGAUGAACGACUGUAAAGAAUUCUUGCAGAAGUUUGAAAGAUGGGCAGAUCCGACCUGGGGCUUCUUCGUUUACGGCACCUAUACGCGCCCACAAGGCCAGGAAGUCUCAAACGAAGAUACAGACAGGGAAACCAGAGCAGAUGCGACCGAUGAUGAUGCGCACUUCCAAGCAGUGAUCCGCAAAGUUUACGCCCACGCAACAGAUAACCUGCGUUAUAGCAACCCCGCGCCAUACAACCAAAAGAUGAUAGACAUCUUACGUCUCGAUCCUGCUGCUUAUAUGCCUGGCGCGUCGCUGGACGUCGUCUGCAGGCAUUUCCGCCAGCAUUAUGCUCAAAAGGUCUUCCCGGAGACGAUGCAUGAGCCUGGGCCUUCUGCAAUACAAGAUGAUAUUCCCAAUGAGGAGAAACUCGGUCCAAAGUGGGCUUGGUGUAUAGUCAUCGAUGAUGAGGCGCUUGAGAGUCUAGAGAACGGCCCCGAGCCCAUAGGAGAGACGCCGCCGGAAGGCGGUUACAAACUGCACUCAGAUGUAACAACGCUGACACGCCCUUACACCUUCCUCGUAGCCGUUACACCGAAAUCAUCGACCAUCAUGAGAUACGGGGCGCCUUCAAGCCCCAGCAUACAGCUACAUACACAGCUCACGCCUGCUCAAAUCCGACUCAUCCAGUCCCAUGAAGACUUCGGAGAAGUACGCGUCCCAGUCAGCGAAUUAAAUCUCUCAAACUUCCUGCGCAACCAGAUCGAUCUUGAGGCUUCAUCGCAAGACACAGCGAUGGUAUCGAAGCUCGUUGCCCGAUUGCGAGACGCAAAAGCUGGCGAUGAAGAUGACGGUGGCGAUGAAGGUGGCCACAGCGUCUUGGUACAUAUCCUGAGCUUCACAGUUCUCGGUGGUGAAAGUGGGGAGCUGGUUCCAGAAGGCCGCAUGUUCCUGUGGAAGUGGGCCAAACCUCACAGUCAGUAUCGGAAGGCAGGCUUCUGGGGUCAUAGCUUGACACAAGUCCUAGUCGAUGCCGAGUGGAAUACUGGUAAAGACGUUACGUUGUAUGUGAAGGCUGUUGAAGAGGAGGAGUAUGAGAGAGUGUUGAAAGGUGAGAUGCAGACAUAA